ACUUCAAAUCCAGGUUAUAAGUAGCUUCUGUGUAGGUCCAUCAUAACAUUAAAGAGUCAACAAACAACUUGGUAUUAGCAUUCAUAACUUGGAUUUUCUAGUCUGGUCUAUUUCAGAGAGCUGACAUCAAAACAAUUGAACUGAACUUUUCCCUAGCGUUUAAUUGUCUACAACAACAGGGAAAUAUUCUGUAGGAAAUGAUUAAUAUCAGUACUGUUAAGAACUAAAGGCUCUCUGCCAUGGACCAAGGACAAAAUGAAAUCUACAUCAUAGAUGAAUGACAGAAAAAAGUUCGCCAAAGCAAGCCGCGUUGUUUAAAUGUAAAUGUGUUUACUUCUAGUAAUACAAUUACUGAAAGGCAGAUGAAAGUAGCCAAUCUUCAUAAGGUGAUGUUUUGGUUUCUCUAAGUUGCCUCGUCGUGGGUCUGAUUUGUUAUAAAUUGUCAAUUACUUUGCAAUUAUAGACUAUACGCAGUAAGGCACUGGCACUAAUGAUGGAGAGUAUUCUUGUCCGUUGGAAUAAACGUUACCACCGCCCACGUUCUCUCUUCACCCCCGCCCUUCUCACUAACGAAUCUCCAACUUCAACUCCGCCCCAUCCUUUGAAACCCAAGCGGGAAAGAGAAUCUUCCUACCUCGUUUAGUGCCACCUCGCUAGUUCAUUCCCAAUUGGUUAGAGGUGCUGUCAAUCCUAUAAAGCAAAAGGCAAUUAAAAAAAAAAGCCCGCGCAAGUUCGGAAGACCGUGCCUGAAAAUUGCGCGGGCCCUUGCGUUACUGAGACGGCGUGUCGGUAACUGCAAGUUAGCCGCUGUUUCCUGUACAGGAAGGAGCGGUAGGCUAGUUUGUAGGGCACGGAGGGUGUUGGGCGGUACGCUUGAACGACAAGGCGUCGCUUGUCGUGGGUGCUACGUUUCCAACUCUUCGGAUAUUAACCUGAUCAGAGUUUUGUUUGUGAAACCCAUAUAUUAAAGUAUUUAUUUGAAAAUAGUUUGAUAUUUCAAAGGGCUACAGAGCAGUGUGAGCUGAUUAUAGAAACCUAAAAAAUCUUAUGUUACAGAAAUGAAUGAAGAACACAUAGAUGUAAUAAAUGGAUGUAAUAAAGUUAGAUCUCGUACUCAGAAUGAAGCUGCCUUAUUGGCUCUUAUGGAGAAGACAGGUUAUAAUAUGGUUCAAGAAAAUGGACAACGAAAAUUUGGUGGACCUCCACCAGGUUGGGAAGGUCCUCCACCACCCCGAGGCUGUGAAGUUUUUGUGGGAAAAAUUCCUCGUGAUAUAUAUGAGGAUGAAUUAGUUCCUAUUUUUGAAAGAGCUGGAAAGAUUUAUGAAUUUAGAUUGAUGAUGGAAUUUAGUGGUGAGAAUCGUGGAUAUGCUUUUGUAAUGUAUACAACAAAAGAGGAAGCUCAGUUUGCCAUUAAGACCCUUAAUAAUUAUGAGAUUCGUCCUGGAAAAUUCAUUGGUGUUUGUAUAAGCUUGGAUAACUGCAGAUUAUUCAUUGGAGCCAUUCCAAAGGAAAAGAAGAAAGAAGAAAUCUUGGAUGAAAUGAAAAAAGUCACUGAAGGUGUUGUAGAUGUUCUUGUAUAUCCAAGUGCAACGGACAAGACAAAAAAUCGUGGGUUUGCCUUUGUAGAAUAUGAAUCCCACAGAGCUGCAGCUAUGGCAAGGAGAAAAUUAAUUCCUGGAACUUUCCAGUUAUGGGGCCACACUAUUCAAGUAGAUUGGGCAGAUCCAGAAAAAGAAGUAGAUGAAGAAACAAUGCAGAGGGUAAAAGUACUGUAUGUUAGAAACUUAAUGAUGUCAACCACAGAAGAAACAAUUAAGGCUGAGUUUAACAAAUUUAAACCUGGAGCUAUUGAACGGGUAAAGAAACUUAGAGAUUAUGCUUUUAUUCAUUUUUUCAACCGAGAUGAUGCAGUUGCUUCUAUGUCAGUUAUGAACGGAAAAUGUAUUGAUGGUGCUAGCAUUGAGGUAACACUAGCCAAGCCAGUAAACAAAGAAAGCACUUGGAGACAACAUCUUAAUGGCCAAAUUAGCCCCAAUUCUGAAAAUCUUUUAGUCUUUACAAGCAAAGAAGAUGGUCAUCAGAAAUCACUAACAAAACCAGCAAAUCUUCCAGUACGCCUCAAUGGGCAUAAUAGUCCAAGUCCUCCUGAAAUUGAAAGGUGUACUUACCCAUUUUUUCCAGGAACAAAACUUACUCCAAUUAGCAUGUACUCUUUAAAAUCUAGUCAUUUUAGUUCUGCUGUGAUGCAGUUAGAUUAUUACUGCAACAAAAAUAACUGGGCACCUCCAGAAUAUUAUUUGUAUUCGACUACAAGUCAAGAUGGAAAAAUUUUGCUGGUAUAUAAGAUCAUUAUUCCUGCAGUUGCAAAUGGAUCCCAGAGUUAUUUUAUGCCAGACAAACUCUGCACAACAGUAGAAGAUGCAAAAGAGCUAGCAGCACAUUUUGCACUCAUGCACUUGGAGUACAGUUUUUGUCGAAAUCCAAUAAAUAACAUUUCUCCUGUUAGUGCUACGCUUUCUUCUGGAACAACCAGUGUUUUACCAUAUACAUCAAGACCAUAUUCUUAUCCAAGCUAUCCCUUGUCAUCAACAAUUCCGCUUGCUAAUAGCAACCAUAUUGGACAGCGUUUGUACAUCUCCAGUCAGGCCUCUUUCUUUUGAGGACAAAAAAGCUGGAUGAAAAAAAAAUACACUUUUUUUUAAAAAAACCUAUAAUGUAGUUUUAGUUUUAAUUUGGUUUGUACAAUUGCUUUUGCUUAGUUAUUUCAUAUUGCUUAUAAAUUAUAGAUAAGAAAACCCAUUUAAAUGUUUUUUAAAAAAAUAAUUUCUCAUUAAAUAGUAGCUUUAAAAUAUUUUAAAUGCAUGCAAUUGUUGGUUGUGAUCUUGUUAUCAAGGAUCCAUUCUUUGGAGAUGAAAAGGAGUAUUUGGUGAAAAGCAAAGUAUUAUGUAAGGAAAUGAUGCACAGUAUUUUUAAAAAAAAAAAAAAA